ACCAUUACACGCAAAGCGCGAACUAAAGGUUACACGAAAAACAACACUAAGCAGAUAUGAAAAGGCAAGACGGAGAUAUCAUAUUCAAAGAAAAAUAUGGUUCAUCAGCUAAGGAAAGAUAUUUGGUGAAGCCUCCAGAUCAAUUGAAUGUAGUGGUAUGUAAAGAAGAGCAAACCAAUAAUGUGGCAAGUGUAUUCGCCGAGGUAUUUUUGCCCCAGGGUUACCCUCACAGUGUAAGCAAGGAUUACACUGCAUAUCAAAUAUGGGAUACUGCACAAGCUUUUUGCAGUACUAUUUCAGGUACACUUGCAACUCAAGAAGUAUUGCGAGGUGUAGGAGUUGGAAACAAACAUGCUACUCCACUAGCUGCUACUGUUACAUGGGUGCUCAAGGAUGGUUGUGGCCACCUUGGGAAAAUAUUAUUUGCCUAUAGUCAUGGUACUUAUCUGGAUGCAUACAGCAAGAAAUGGAGACUAUAUGCUGACACACUCAAUGAUGCCGCCAUGUGUAUUGAAAUAGCUUUGCCUCUAUUUCGGAAUUAUAUUACAUUUGCUUUGUGCGUGAGUACUGUCAUGAAAGCUGUUGUUGGAGUUGCAGGUGGUGCAACAAGGGCUGCAAUGACACAACACCAUGCACUUCGUGGCAACAUGGCUGAUGUAUCAGCAAAAGACUCAUCCCAGGAAACUGCAGUCAACCUUAUAGCAUCCUUAACUGCACUCUUCAUUAUUUCUGUUUUUGGUAAUUCACUUUUCAUAUUCACUCUCAUGUUGAUACUGCAUAUUGUGUUCAACUACUUUGCCGUUCGAGCAGUAUGCCUGAGAACCCUUAAUGAACCACGCUUUAUACAAGUAAUUGAUACUUAUCUGAAGAAGGAGGUAAUAGCAAAUCCUUGUGAGAUAAACCGAAGGGAGCCUAUUUUAUUCUAUCAACUUGGUUCCAAUUUGUUAGACUUAAAAAUAUGUGGAUUUCAAAUCAAACUUGGUGGUUCGAUGGCGCAAAUAAUCAAAGAGUCGCCGAAAGCAUCGCACCUAAAGGAAAUUAAAAACAUAUACAAUGAGAGGAAAUACAUUUUAUAUCCAAACACUAAUUACAGGAUCAUGUAUAUAUUUAUCAAAGAUAAAUCAUCAACCGAUGAUAUACUGUGCGCGUAUUUUCACGCUGUAUUGCUAUCUAUAACAACCUGUGCCAUAAAUAAUUAUAAAUUGCCCUUGUCCCACAAUGCCAAAGACCUUAAACCAUUUGCCGAAGUAUGUAAAAUGCUACAAUCAGUUGAAUGGAGCAGAAAAUCAGGCAAACACACUGACUUUAUCUAUGAACCAUCCUACGAAUUACAACGCUAUAUAAACAGUAUUGCCACACAAGAAUGGCAGGGAGUUAAAUCGGGUCUCAUACAAACUGGAUGGGAUUUGAGUAAGCAUUUAUUAAUGGUGGACGAAUGGCGAGUAUGCGGCGUAAAGUCAUCAUUAAAUGAAAUGUUAUCAGAACAUAUCGAGCCCCACAAUAUUCCACAUUCUACUAUUGAUACAAUUUUCGAACAAGCGAUAUCGAGCAACAUGUCUGAAGAAAUAGGAAAUGACCUUGACGAUUUAUUUGAUGAUGAGAUGUUCACAGUAGAACCAGAGCCAUCGGUCACCAAGUUACGUGGCGCAGAGAAGAAAAAAGAACGAAAAUCGAAAACAAAUACCAAACACAAUGCUGAAAAAGAUCCUGAAAAAAAAGAUUGACAUCAACAACCGUUUGCGAAACGUAAAGCUAAGAAACGCAAACAUCGAAAGUCGUAGACAAGUUUGUGAGAGAUUAAGACAAUCAAUAUGUGGUGUGAUUAAUUGUGUUUUAUUAAUGUACUAAGUGUAAUGUGAAUGUGCGAAAUAUAAACAUUCCAAUAUUA